AUGGACGUCGACCCCGAGGUCCAGUCGCUAAUCGACACGCUCUCCGCCUCCGAAGAUCCCAACAAGUCUGCCCAGGGGUUCGAGCUCGGCGCCCUCUCGGCCAUCUACCCGAAUGUCAGACUACACCACCCCUCCCCCUCUCGACCCGGUACGCCCGCCUCGUCUUCCUCAGGUAGCGACCGGGUUCGGUUUGUGGUGACCCUGCAGCCUGAGGACGGCACGACGCCUGAGAUCGAGGUGCUCGUCAGCUUACCGGAGGACUAUCCCGAGUACGCGCCGACGCUGCAGUUGCUGGGCAAGUACGUUGGGUCUUAUGCCGUCGAUGCGGGAUUGUGGGAGGCGAGCGCUGCGAGCGCCGGUAGAGGUCUUGAGGAGGUCUCGGACAGCUCAGUAUUGCGGACCAAGCUAAUGACAGUUGGAAACGUAACCCGGACAUAUCUCACCUCGGCCGGCGUGCCCUUCACUCCGGGCCAGGAGUGUAUCUUCGACGGCCUCGUACACGUCCAAUCCCUAGUCGAAUCAUGGUACUCCGAUCACCUGGCCAUAGAUGCGGCGGGGGAAGCAGCCCGCUCCACGCCGCGCGCCUCGCCUCCGCCGUCUCAACCCGCCCCCUCGACCUCCGCCCAGACUGUUAACGACAUCUCGACAGGCUUCAGCAAACUCAACUUCUCAGCCUCCCAAGCACCAGCUAAACCAUUACCCGAGAUCUACACGAGUGAGGCGAUUACGGACCGCAAGUCUGCUUUUGUGGGCCACUGCGCACGAAUAAGCGCCGAGGCCGAUGUGGCUGCCAUCGUCGCGCAUUUGCUCGAGGACAAGAAGAUUGCGCGCGCCGCGCACCCGACUAUCUGGGCUUAUCGUCUUGCACGGGAUACGGGCGGCCCGGCGGGGAUCGUCACAGAGGGGGACUAUGAUGAUGACGGCGAAACUCAGGCGGGUUCGAGACUGAAGCAUCUCCUCGAGAUUCUCGAUGUGCGGGAUACGGUUGUGGUCGUCACCAGGUGGUUUGGCGGGAUCCACCUCGGUCCCGAUCGGUUCAAGCAUAUCAAUCAGGCUGCUAGGGAUGCGAUGGAGCUUGCUGGAGUGUUGGAGGAGACAGGUGGCAAGAAGGACAAGCGCCGGAGAUGA